AGCAUCACUGGCUGGAAACACAGUAUCAUACAUUUUUUUUAAAACAACAACAUCCAGCUGCACAAAGCCUGCAGACUGAUAUUUGAGAUUGCAAGAGCAGAGGAAAGAAGGAAGGACUCGACAAAGACCAUCUGUAAGCAGCUAUGCGUCCGCGGUCCAGACUGCUGUCCAAGAGAAGACUCCUGCUGCCCACAAUCAGAGAGGGCACAGAGGAGUCAGUGAGGGAUCUGAAUGAGGCCAACGCACUCCUCAUCGCCGGCCACAGCCAGUCUGUCUCCUCAGAGGACUACCUCCUCUCCAUCUGCCACCUGGCUCACCCCACCUUCCCCACCAGAGAUGUUUCCCCUGACAACAUACACACACGGCAGCUGGAUGCUGUGCACCAGAGGCUGAGGCUGUCACGACACAGUGGGACUACAUCAACCGCCUUUGAAUUCAACCCCACAGAGGAGGCACAAGCCAUAGAUGUACAGCAGGGAGAGGAGAAAGAACUGGGUUGCGAGCUGAUGUUUGGCAACUCUGACCCUUUGGAGUAUCUUUACGGACACCAGAACAAUCUUUCAGGAGGUGUGAGGAGGGUGUUUGUUGAGGGAAGGUUUACAAGGCAACACGGGAGUAAAUGGGAGGGCCAGGCUCGCACCAGAGCACACAGCAUCCCCCGUGUUUCAAGUCCAGAGCUCCCACGGCAGCGCAAGAGCAGCUGCCCUGAGUUGGACACCAGCACUAACACUUCAGCUCCAAAUAUCUCUCCAAAACACAGCUUAUCCAGGUUGGAGGCUGGGAGAGGGAGCCCAGCAAUAAGAGGAGCAGAGGGGGAGAGACAGAAACCAACCAUCAAACAAUCCCUCAUCUCCCAGUGGAUCUCUGACUGCAGGUCAGCGUGGAGGGAGGCGCGUGUACGAGCCUGUAUGCUGCCCGCCAUUGCUGAGAUUUAGGGCGCAAAUGGACAGACAUUGUGACAGAAGACAUUCCUCAAUAAAGUAUCCUGGUCUUUCUCUGUCAGUGCAUGAGACAUUGGCAUUAGCAGAUAUGUAGAAGUCUAUUAUGCAUAUAUACAACAGGGAUACAAAUAAAUACACAGUUGAAAACACACA